AUGGCCAACUAUCUCGCCUCCAUCUUCGGAACCGAGCAAGACAAGGUCAACUGCUCAUUCUACUACAAAAUCGGCGCCUGCCGUCAUGGAGACCGCUGCUCCCGCAAACACGUCAAGCCCUCCUACUCGCAAACCGUCCUGAUGCCCAACAUGUACCAGAACCCCGCCUACGACCCCAAGAGCAAGAUGAACCCGUCCCAGCUUCAGAAUCACUUCGACGCCUUCUACGAAGAUGUCUGGUGCGAGAUGUGCAAGUACGGCGAAUUGGAGGAACUGGUUAUCUGUGAUAAUAACAAUGACCACCUAAUCGGCAACGUCUACGCUCGCUUCAAAUACGAAGAAGACGCCCAAGUAGCCUGCGACACGCUUAAUUCCCGCUGGUACGCAGCGCGACCGAUCUAUUGCGAGUUAUCGCCCGUGACGGACUUCCGCGAAGCCUGUUGUCGACUGAAUAGCGGUGAGGGCUGUGUGCGCGGUGGAUUCUGCAAUUUCAUUCAUCGCAAGGACCCCGGUCCGGAGCUCGAUAGCGAAUUACGGAAUAGUACGAAGAAGUGGCUCCGGGAGCGUGGUCGUGAUGCGAGAAGUGUGACCAGGAGUCCUAGUCCUGAACCUACUCGGCGGAGAUACUGA